CCUUCCUCCCGCAAGCAUGGUGGUGCUGAAGGGCAUCCCAGCGCUGCUGUCCCCAGAGCUGCUGUACGCCCUUGCUCGGAUGGGGCACGGAGACACAAUCGUUCUUGCAGACGUGAACUUCCCCACCUCCUCCAUCUGCAAGUGUGGCCCAGAGGAGAUCCGCGCAGAUGGCCUGAGCAUCCCGCAGCUCCUGAAGGCCAUGCUGAAACUGCUGCCACUGGACACCUAUGUGGAGAGCCCGGCUGCUGUGAUGGAGCUGGUGUCCAGCGACAGGGAAAGGGGCCUCCAGACCCCGGUGUGGUGGAGCUACCAGUCCAUCCUCUUGGAGGCUGGCUGCUCGAGCCCCCUAGCGAAGAUAGAGAGGUUUGAGUUUUAUGAGCAGGCCAAGAAGGCUUUUGCUGUUGUAGCAACUGGGGAGACGGCCCUCUACGGAAACCUCAUCCUCAAGAAGGGAGUGCUGGCCCCUGAAGACCUGUUCUAGGCUGGUGAAGAGUCAGGACCCCUAAAUCCAACAACCCCACCAGCAGGCCCUGCCCAGCCUA